AUGCGUAAAGCGAUAGACGAGGCAUGCCAGGGGGUUGAAGCUGGUGAUGGAGGACCUUUCGGAGCCGUGGUAGUAAAGGAUGGGAAAAUCGUCGCUACUGGCCAUAACAUGGUAAGUUUUCCACUUCCCGAAUUCUUUCGAUGGGAUUCCAAUGAAAGUAUUUUUCUUAGAAUUAUAAAUGUCUUAGAAUCUUUAUAUCUCCGAUAA